GUUUCCUGGAACAUUUUUAGGCCAUGGUUAAUUGGGACCCAGUGGAUCAGACUGUUCUAGCAAAUGAACAGGUGGAUAAAAAUGGCUGUUCAUGGCGUUCAGGAGCAAAAGUGGAACAGAAGUACCUUAAACAGUGGUUUAUCAAAACUACUGUUUAUGCAAAGGCCAUGCUUGAUUCUUUAUCUCAUCUCCCUGAGUGGUAUGGUAUAAAGGAAAUGCAAGCAAACUGGAUAGGUGAUUGUGUCGGAUGCUACCUUGACUUCAUGUUAAAGGUUAAUGGCAAAGAAACAGGAGAGAAAUUGGUUGCCUAUACAUAUACACCUGAAGCCAUUUAUGGUGCUUCCCACUUACAUAUUUUACCUGAUCAUAGACUCCUGCAUGGGAAUAGUAGUGUGAAGGAAGUGUUGCAGAGAGAGUUUGUUCCAGGCAAAGACUGUCUUACUUCAGUGACAGCAGUGAACUUACUUACCAAACAGGAGCUUCCUAUAGUCAUUUCUGCAAAAUCAGAUUUUGAGAAUUAUAUUGAUACUAAAAUAGGAAUUCCUAGUAUUAAUCCAGAAGAUGCUGCUGUAGCUCAGAAUCUGGGUCUAUCUUUCUCGGAAGUCAUUGAAACACUACCAGAUGGUUUGGAGACACUAGUCAACUCCAGAGAGUUCACAGGCAUGACUAGGCAGGAAGCUUUAAAAGCCUUAACUCAGAAGGCCAGAAAUAAAGGAAUAGGUGGCUACCUAUCAAGUGACAAGUUAAGAGAUUGGUUAAUAUCUCGACAACGGUACUGGGGAACACCUAUUCCUAUAAUCCAUUGCCAGACCUGUGGGACAGUCCCUGUGCCUUAUGAGGAUUUACCUGUGGAACUUCCCAAUAUAACCUCCUUUACUGGAAAGGGAGCUUCCCCUCUAGAAACUGUCCCACAGUGGAUGAACUGUUCAUGUCCAAGGUGCAAAGGACCUGCAAAGAGGGAAACAGACACUAUGGACACAUUUGUUGAUUCAUCUUGGUAUUACUUCAGAUACAUUGAUCCUCAUAAUUCUGACAGGCCUUUUAAUAAAGCCUUGGCUGACUACUGGAUGCCUGUGGAUUUGUACAUCGGGGGAAAGGAGCAUGCAGUUAUGCAUUUAUACUAUGCUAGAUUCUUGAGCCAUUUUUGCUAUAAUCAAAAGAUGACCAAACACAAGGAGCCUUUUUAUAAGCUCUUGGUUCAAGGUCUUAUCAAGAGUCAGACAUACAAACUAACAACAACAAGCCAAUAUCUGAAGAGAGAGGAAAUUGAUCUCACCGGGACUGAACCAGUUCAUAUCAAAACGAAAGAGAAGCUCCAGGUUACAUGGGAAAAAAUGAGUAAAUCCAAGCAUAAUGGAAUAGAUCCUGAGGAAUUAGUUGAGCAGUAUGGCAUUGACACUAUGCGACUGUACAUCCUGUUUGCUGCCCCUCCAGAACAAGACAUCUUGUGGGAUACAAAGACUGAUGCUAUCCCUGGAGUACGAAGAUGGCAGUCACGCCUCUGGUCUCUAACUACCAAAUUUAUAGAAGCCAGGACUUCCAGCAUUGUGGCCAAUCCCCAGCUAUUGAAUGAAAAGGAGAAGGCUGAAGCCAAAAAGAUCUGGAAGCAGAAGAACCUUGUGGUCUCUGAGGUAACAAGUUACUUCACAACAGAUUACUUGUUUAAUGCUGCAAUCUCUCAACUGAUGGGCCUCACUAACAUACUCUCACAAGCCUCUCAGCCUCUAAUUCUCCACAGUCCAGAAUUUGAAGAUGCUUUGGCUACUCUUUGUAUUAUGGUUGCACCUAUGGCCCCGCACAUUGCCUCAGAGCUAUGGAAAGGUUUGGCACAUGUGCAGAAUAAACUUUGUAUGCAUUAUAAAUGGGAUGACGAUGUGCUGCAUCAGUCUUGGCCUGAAGUGGACCCAGAAUACCUUCAACAACCAGAUAUCAUAGAGAUGUCUGUUCUGAUCAAUAACAAAGCUUUUGGCAAAGUUAGUAUGCCUCGCCGAGUAGCCCAGAAUGCUGAGGAAGUCCAUGAACUUGUUCUUCAGAGUGAGCUGGGAAUCAAACACCUCCAAGGACGUGCUAUCAAAAAGACUUUUCUGUCUCCAAGAACUACCCUCAUCAACUUCCUACUGCAAGAAUAAUGGGAAAAUGUGUUGUCUAAAGCUGUUAGCCCAGGAGUGGCUGAUGGAAUGCACCAACAUGAAGCUCAUUGAAAAUACCAAUCAUGUUUAUAUAAAUCUAUGAUUCUAUGAAAUCUAUUUCACAAUGGAGAAACCAGAAAAAUCCUUACUGGACAAAACUGUACUGCUGCUGUUCUUGUCAAGUCAGUCUUCAUUUAAACAUAGAAAAAAACCAAGGUAUUGGGGUUUCCUGUUUGAUCGGUGAUGGAAGCUAUUUCACCAUAUUGUCAGGCUAAGCCAGGAUGCUACAGGAAGCAGCAGUAUAAGGAAAAGGAGGCAAAAGAACAAAAGAAGGGUGAUUUGGGAGAAAUAUCUGAACCUGCAGUUAAGAGGGCAUUAGAAAUGGGCACAACCUACAAUGUCAUCAGUAUUCAAGUGUCUUACAGUUCAUGGGUAUCUGGGCCAAUCUCUAAACUGCAUCUUACUAGGAAAUUGAUUUGGCUUCUGUCCAUAUAAGUAAAUGUGAUUGAAGAGCCAAACAACUGUAGUGAGUACUUGCUACCCAACUUGUUCAGUAAGCCAUAAUUGAAUCAUGAGCUGUUGCCUCUGCUUCCUAGAUAGGGAUCACAUUUGGGUUUACUAAUAUGAAAUACCAUUUUUCCUGAUUCAUAUUUUUGGAGCCAUGUAGUGUUCUUAGGAAUCAAUUAGCACUAUAUUGUGGCUAGGGUAAUGUAGCCACUAGGAUGGAUGCUCCCUUACACAGCCUUGCUAGUGCACUUUGGGCAUGUUUGACAGCCAAAUUAAGACUAUAACAAAAUACUUUUUGUAUAUUCUGGUUUAAUAGUGUCCUUUAUGCUGUAUUGUUUCCAUCAGGUCACAUUUGUCUUUUUCAACUUUCACAAACUAUGGAAAGAUUCUUCUGAACAGACUAGAAUAGAAUUUGUUUUUUACACAUAGCAUGUCUCAGAGCGCUACAGAGGCACUGUAAAAAAGGAUGACUUAGAUACAAUAAUGUAGAGCAGGUGAAGGCAAACAUAGCAUUCUUUUUUGGUUCAUCAUGAGCUCUCAUAUUAGAACCCAAUUGGCAACUCUUGUUUUUCUGUGGUUUUCAUUAUGUGCAAAUAAAGUUAUGUUCCUAAA